AUGUCCUGUUAUUUUGUUUCUGCAAACUCAAAGCUGCAGCAUCAGCAGGAAUCCGCCAAACUGAAAAAACUCAUAAAGACUACGGAGAGAACUACAGCUGAAAAAUGAGUGCCUCUAAAAGUCAAAGCAAUUUUGAGUCCAAGCUGAAGGAUCUGCAGUGCCACUUCACCUGGGCUCUCGACCUCGAGAAGUCCCAACUUUUACAUUUAAAGGACAAGCUUGAGGACAUCGGCACCGAGAAGGGAAAUCGAUGGCUGGGCCACAUUUACAACCUGCGGGGGUUUAUUGAGCAUAAGCUGGGGUUAAAUGAAGAGGCUAAGAGUUUGUUUCAGAAGGCUACGGAGGCACUCAAUGAGCUGAGAAAGGCAGAUGAGGGUCCUUGGUUAGUGGUGAACUACGGGAACCUGGCCUGGCUGCACCACCACCUGGGAGAUCAAGCGGAGAGUCAGGCUUACCUGUCAAAGGUUGAUGCCCUGAUGGAAAAAUACCCAUCUCCAUCCCAGGGCGAGCUCCAUCCAGAGAUCUGCGCUGAAAGGGCCUGGACGCUGAUCAAAUUCGGUAAAAAGGUACAGCCGCAAGCUGCAGAUCUCUUCGAGAAAGCCAUCAGGAUGCAGCCGGACAGGGUGGAGUGGAACGCCAGCUAUGUCUUAGGUUUAGCGCGUGCCAGUAAGUACAGCGAAAGCGGGGUAGACGCUAGCUCCCUGAAGAAAAUGGAACGCGCAAAGAAUCAGAAUCCAAAUAACUUGUACCUCGCUGCUGUCUACCUUACACAACUUGCCAAGAAAGGACAAAAAGUUGAGGAUGAAGCACAGAAGUUGGCAAGUCAGAUCUUGAGAAAUCCCGUCAGCAGCUACAGCGGUAUAAAGCCAUUACUGAGACUUUACACAUACUACAUAUCUGUAGAUGAGGCCAUUGAUUUGGCAGAGGAUGCUCUGAAAAAACAUCCAGAUGAGCGUUAUCUUACGAGGUGUGUUGCGCUCUGCUACAAGUGGAAGAUCUUGUUUUUUUUCAGAAAGAGUCGCCCAAGGCCAGGCAUGACAGAGAGGGCAAUCAGUCUCCAUAGAGAGGUUAUUUCUCUUUACCCUAACUCUUCAUUCAUCAAGAAAAUUGAUCUUGCAAGUGUGUACGCAAAGUCAGACAAGACUAAAGCCGAGGAGAUAUUCCAGAAACUGCUCCGAAGGGAUUUGGAGCCUGCAGACAAACAGGUGCUUUACAACCGAUUUGCAAAGCACUUAUACUGUGAUAAACAGGAUCACCAAGGGGCAAUGCAGUUCCACAUGAGGGCUGCUUCGAUAACAGUCGAGUCCUUCUUCCGUGACGACAGCAUCAAAGCUCUGAGGAGAACAAAAGACACAACAAAGUGGAACCGAAAGAGUAAAGAAAUAGAAGAGUUUCUAGCUAAGCUGAAACUGUAGUGUCCUCCAGAAAAAUGGAGGUAGUGUAUCACCUAAAAAAAGAUCAGGAGCACUCGCAAAAAUGAAGCUGAGGUGGUUUAUGAAAAUCAUACAAUGAUUUCAAACGGUGAAGUUUUACAGCAGCCUCGAUUAGUUUCAGUGUAAUUAAGAUUUCUUUGCAGGGAACGCUAAAAUAAGAUAUAUUUUUUUUAAGUUUACAAAUCGAUCAAUGUUUGACAAAUUCAUACCGACAUGUAACAGGAGUCCCUGCUGGCUGUGUUUUUGUCGGCGCCGUGUAAACAUGGACGGGACAGCCUUGAAUGUCAUGCAAGAGUUUUUAGAUUACGGUCAUUCCGUGUCAAUUAACAUGCAGUGUGAAGGUACGAACUAACUAAAGAGCGCUAACAUUAGCAUGCUAACACAACGAUGAAGGACAGGUGAUUGCAGUUUGAGUAAAGGACAGUUUUGUCUGCCGCUUAUGCUUAAUGGUGUUUAAUUACAGUGCGAUCUGCAGGCGCUCAUCAGGUUUUGUAUCGCUCCAUUGGGACACUUUUUCUGACCUCCUCCGUCUGAAUGUUUCACAAAAGACGAUUCCCGGAUGUGAAAGUGAAAGGGUACAGCGAAACAUGUAAAUAAAUUAUUAACAUGAUGUUUGCUUAAAACCUGUGUUUAUGUAUUUUUAAAUAUUCAAGAAUAAGCAACUUUGAUUUGGUUAAACUUUAAACAAAUUCAUGUUAAAUUUUAAACAUAUCCACGUAAAUCUGCACUGUGAGUUUGUUUUAUGCAUUUCCAUGAGUUGAUAGAGUUUUGACCCAAAUGGAUUUCAUGUGGUUUGUGUUCCUGAUUGUUUUUACGUCGUCUAAUUCUUGACUUUGCUGAUAAAAAAAGCUCUCUGAAUUUCCUCUGAAGUGAUGAACAUUUGCUUUAUAGAUAACCCUGCGUUGCUUGGUUUUGCAAAAAGAAGUGAAUUUGAUGAAUAUUAUUUUUGGAUGAAGGUGAUUGUGUUCAUGCUGUGAUCAAAUAAACAUGUUCACUACUAAAACUUUGAA